AUGAUAGAUCCUCGUUUGCCAUUAGAUUAUCCAGAUGAAGAUACCAUCCGUAUCUUAUUAACGACAGAUAACCAUGUGGGUUACAAUGAAAAUGAUCCCAUAACAGGAGAUGAUUCUUGGAAAACCUUCCAUGAAAUCCUAACAAUAGCGAAGCAAAAUAACGUAGAUAUGAUCCUUCAAUCAGGUGAUCUUUUCCAUAUAAAUAAACCAACAAAGAAAUCAAUGUAUCAAGUAAUGAAAUCAUUAAGAUUAAAUUGUAUGGGUAAUAAACCUUGUGAAUUAGAAUUACUAAGUGAUCCUGCAAAGAUUUUCCACUAUAAUGAAUUCACUAACGUGAAUUAUGAAGAUCCAAAUUUUAAUAUAUCCAUUCCAUUCUUUGGUAUUUCGGGGAAUCACGAUGAUGCAACUGGUGAUUCACUAUUGUCUCCAAUGGAUUUACUUCAUGUAAGCGGUCUUAUCAAUCAUUUCGGUAAAGUUAUUGAAUCUGAUAAGAUCAAAAUAAUACCCUUAUUGUUUCAAAAGGGUAUGACAAAAUUAGCUUUGUAUGGGUUAGCAAGCGUUAGAGAUGAAAGACUUUUCAGAACGUUUAAAGAAGGUGGUGUUACAUUUGAAAUACCGACAAUGAGACAAGGUGAAUGGUUUAAUUUAAUGUGUUUACAUCAAAAUCAUACAGGUCAUACAAAUACUGCAUUCUUACCUGAACAAUUUUUACCAGAUUUCUUAGAUUUGGUCAUUUGGGGUCAUGAACAUGAAUGUAUUCCAAAUUUAGUUCAUAAUCCUAUUAAAGGGUUUGAUGUGUUACAACCAGGUUCAUCAGUGGCUACUUCUCUUUGUGAUGCUGAAGCUAAACCAAAAUUUGUAUUUAUUUUGGAAAUUAAAAAUGGAACGCAGCCAAAUUUGAUUCCUGUUCCAUUAACAACUGUAAGAACAUUUAAAAUGAGAACAAUAUCAUUAAAAGAUGUACCAUCUUUGAAAUCACAUGAUAAAGAUGCUAUUUUAAAAUAUUUGAUUGAAGAAGUGGAAGAAAUGAUACAAGAAGCAAACGAUGAAACGAAAAGGAAAAUGGGUGAAGAUUACGUCCAGGGUGAUGACCAAGAUGAGGAAGAGGAAGAAGAUAUAAUGAAUCAAUUAUCGUCACCAUUGAUUAGGUUACGAGUAGAUUAUAGUGCACCUUCAAAUGGUCAAUCUACAUUAGAUUAUCAAGUGGAAAAUCCUCGACGAUUCAGUAAUAGAUUUGUUGGUCGUGUUGCUAAUCCAAAUAAUGUUGUUCAGUUUUUUAAAAAGAAGAGAGAAACAAAGAAAUCAACAAAUAAGAAUGCAAAUAAUCAAAUUAGAUUGAAUGAUAAAGAAAUUGAAAACUUGAUCCAUGAAGGUAAUGGAGAAUUAGAAGUACAAACUUUAAUCAACGAUAUGUUAAAUAAGAUGACUUUAUCCUUACUUCCAGAGUUAGGUAUGAAUGAAGCUAUAAAGAAAUUCGUUGAUAAAGAUGAAAAAGCUGCAUUGAAAGAUUUUAUAGAUCAUGAAAUCAAUAAUGAAGUGAGUUUUUUGGUCACUAAUAAAGAAAUUGUUGAAGGUGAAAACCCUGAAGAAAUUAAAGCUUUGAUGAAACAAGUGAAAAGAGCAAAUUCAACCAACAGAUCAGAGUCUCUAGAUGUACCACAAAGUAGAAGCAACAGUUCGGCAAGGCAAGAUGAACUAGGUGAACAUAACAACGAUAUUGUUAUGUCAGAUAUUGAGGCAGCUACAGAGUAUAAUGAAGAGGAUACAUCUACUCAAACAAAGAAACCAAAAUCAGUUAGCAAAAGAGUUGCAAGGACAACAACCAAAAGGAAAGCUUCCUUGUCGGAUUCAAUUGUCGUUUCAGAUGAUGAAGACGAAAAUGUUGAGGAAGAGGAAGAAAAGGAAAAAGAAGAAGAAGAAGAAGAAGAAGAUGAUGAUGAUAUAAUUUCCCUAGAUUCUGAAGCAGAAGAGGUAAGUCAUAGUAGACGGAAACCGGUAGCUAGGACACCAAGGAAGAAGAAUUCUAAAACUACAACAAAACAGGCUACAAAGGCUAAAACUACGAGAACAAAAACAAGAACUGCAGUAACAAAGACGCCGAAAACUGAUAUUUUAGGUAGUUUACUAGCUAGGAAAAGAAAGUGA